CAGGAAGUAACUAUGGCGGCUGCACAUUCAGGUUUGGGGACACAAAUCUGUGAAGAACUGUCCUGCAGCAUCUGCCUGGAGCUGUUCACCAGGCCCAAGGUGCUGCCCUGUCAGCACACCUUCUGUCAGGACUGUCUACAGGACCAUGCAGGGAGGGGAGGGACCUUCCAGUGCCCAAACUGUCGUCGGCAGGUCAGGCUGCCACCCCAGGGAGUCGCAGGUUUGCCCGACAACCACCUGGUUACAAGUUUGUGUGAGAGGCUGCAAAACCAGGCUACACUGUCAGGGAAAACAAGAGCCCAGUCUGGAAACAGGUGCAGUUUUCACCCCUCUGAAGAAGUCAGACUCUACUGUAAACAGUGUAACAUGCCAGUUUGUAUUGAGUGUUUGGAUGAAAUACACAGUGAUCACAGAACCAUAACAUUGAAGAAGGCCUCAGAAGAAAGGAAGGCUCCUGUUCAGGCACUUAUUGUUGAGGGCAGGACCAUCUUAGAGACUUACUGUACUUCUCUUAGGAGUCUGAGGGAGAGAGAAAAAGCACUAGAUGAAACAAAGCAAGAGACAGACAACAGCAUCAUUCGGGACUAUGAGCAAGAAGUGCAGAAAGUUACAGAGAAGAAAGACCAUCUGCCCUUCAUUUUUUUGUUUCUAGAGGGAGAAAAAUACAAGGGAAAGAAAGAGGGUUUGCAAGAGGAAAGGGACAGAGUGUUGGCAGAUGUGAAUGAACUGUCUGCUGCCUGUGAUCGAGCAGAACAAGAAAUGGAGCAGGGAGGGGUAGAAUCUCUUAGUCAAGAAGCCAUUUUGACAGGGGUGGUAGGAAGGUACAGAGAAAAAGCAGCACCAACUCCUGCACAAACCCAGCCUGCUGUCUUUCAGCCCCCUGAUACCCCAGCAUUCUCUCUGACAACUGUUGCAUGGGUUUUCUUGCUUGCAGCCUUGUUGCUAUAUUACCCGUCAUAUUGGGCGUAUAAUGCAACACAAAUAGAACAACAGUCUGUCCCCAAAACUGUCCCCAAAACUGUCCCCAACACUGUCCCCAACACUGUCCCCAACACUGUCCCCAAAACUAUCCUAAAAACUAUCCCAAAAACCGUCCCCAAAACAAUAACUUUUGGUGGAUUGGGACCAGGAACAGGACAGUUUUACUUUCCAAGUGGUGUUGCUGUGUCAGAUGAAGGGGAGGUCUUUGUACCAGACUGGUUUAACAAGAGAAUCCAAGUUUUCACCCUGCAGGGAACAUUUGUGAGACAGUUCCCAACAGUCGUGCCAGGUGGACAGAUGAUGUGGCCACGUGAUGUGGCCAUGGACGGGGAGGGGAACCUAUGGGUGGUGGGGUACAGAUCUGCUGAUGUUGCUCUGCAGUACAACAAACAGGGCUGGGUGCUGAGAAUGUUCAUCCUACAGGAGACAGAGUGGUACAGAGGAGUUGCCGUGGACACCAGGAGGAACCACAUCCUCAUCACACAAACCACAGAAAAAGAGGGAAAACUGCAUGGUGAAGUUGUGGUGUUCGGGCCAGAUGGAACACUUGUGAGAACUGUGGGUCAGCAGCAGGGGAUGAGGGAACCACGGUACAUCACUGUGGACGGGGAAGGGAGAAUUCUUGUGUCAGACUGGGACAAUGACUGUGUCUAUGUUUACAACGAGGACGGACAGUUUCUGUUCAAGUUUGGAGGUUUAGGAAGUGAUGAAGGUCAGCUGAACUAUCCCCGUGGCAUCUGUACAGACAGGGCAGGGAACAUCAUCGUGGCAGACAGCUUUAACAGCCGUGUGGAGAUGUUUGACAAGACAGGAAAAUUCCUCAAACACAUCGCUACAGACAUGGAGGAGCCACAUGCUGUUGCCAUGGCAACACAGGGACAGCUGGUGGUCAUUGAUUGGUCAGAGAACUCUGUUCACAUUAUCCAUACCUACUGAACAGCAACAUGGAAAUUCCAAUAAUUGUUCGUUCAAUUGAGAGACCAAGCUGAUCAGCUUUUCUUUGCAACUACCUGGUACAUGUACCAUCAAAAGGGGUAGGGAAUUUUCCCGACCAGCCUCGUAACCCCUACUUCUCCUAUUGGGUCAGUUAGUCCUCACUACUUGUGAGGAUGUUUCAGACUCAGGGAAAAGAGUUGCUGUUACAGUUACAGGCUAGCUCUAUGCCUAGAAGUGGCCAAUGGCCUUGCAUUGAGCGACACCGUUAAAAAAAAAAAUAAAUAAAUAAAGAUGACCGACAACUUAUAUACUGCCUCUGCACUUAACACCAGCAAUUGUAAACUCCUUGCAACUCAGCACUUGCCUAGUUGUAAGGAUAAGUCUUGUUAGCUAUAGGUACAUAUUUCAUUGCAAUUGUACUUUUAAUGAUGAUGAUGACUUGUACUAGGUCUUGUAGAAUAUGUUUUGUACAUAUUAUAAAUGUAUUUGUGUGAUGCAUGAUAUUAGCAAUUCAAUGCCUAGUGUUCCAGCCAUAUGUUGUUGUAAUGUACUAGUCUGUUAAAUAAAGAAAGGACAGUAAUAGGCCCUCAUAUACAAUGUAUAAUACAACAAAAUCUUUGUAAUAUGAUUAAAUACAUGAUUGCAUACUACUGCAGUAAUACUACUACUACUACUACUACUACUACUACUACUACUACUACUACUACUACUACUGUCAGUUUUAAAAGACUAUCAUAAUGACUUUGCUGCCAAACACAUAAACAGGAAUAGCUCAGUUCUCAACAUACAAAAUAAUGU